AUGUCUCAACCACCAUUUCCUGUUCCUUCUUCAUCAUCAUCACUAUCGGAUGAUUCUUCCUCCUCGUCUACUCAAUCGGAACCCACAAUGACAACAACGCCAUCCGAACAUCAACACUCCCAACCCAAUCACCACGUGGUACGAUACUUCUUUUUUGAUUUGGACGAUUGUUUGUAUCCAAAGAGUUCGGGAGUCAAUAUCCACGUUCGCAAUCGUAUUGCUCAAUACCUCUCGGAACAGCUCGGAAUUGAGAAUGCCAUGGAAAAGAGUGUUAAUUUAUAUCUUCAACAUGGAACCACGUUAAGAGGUUUAAUAGCAGAAGGCUACAACGUAGAUCCUAUAACAUUCUAUCACUAUGUCCAUUCCGGAUUUGACUUGGAUGGAGUUCAACAACACGACGAAGAAUUACAUUCCAUGAUUGCAAAACUAAAACAAAACGUGGAUAAAGUUGUCUUAUUUACCAAUUCGGACAAAAGACAUGCAAAACGAUUAUUGAAUCAUUUAGGAAUUUUAGAAUUAUUUGACCAAAUUGUUUGUUAUGAAGAUUUAGAACUGUCUGUAAAGCCUCAUCCUCAUGCAUAUGAAUUAGCUGCUGAAAUUUCUGGAUUACCGAGUGGCUCUCUUGAAAACCAUACGCCAAGUUGGAAAGAUAUGAUUGUGAAUAGUCAAUUAGAGAUUUAUUUUGCAGAUGAUAAUUUGAAAAACGUGAUGGCAGCUUUUGAUAUGGGCUGGAACGCGUGUUGGGUCUGUGAACAGGAGGGAGUUCAGCCACCACCCAAUGAAGGAAUUCCCUUUGUGCAAGAUGUGAAACAAUUACCAAAAGUAUGGCCACAUUUAUUUCAAUAA